AUGCGCGCCAAGAAGGACCUCACGGACAACAAUCGAACUACAAUCCUGCAUCAGCUUCUCGCGCGGAGGGUUGAUCAUAAGACAUUGCCACGAGGUGCCUUAGCAGACGUCGCCGUCUCCUUUGGUGUUGACCGAAGCACGGUUCGCCGAAUCUGGCUUUCGGCACCGAGCUGCAGUCGACCUGUCCGACAAGCUUCGCCCGUGCCAGCCUGUCUGCUCAAGGAGAAAGGUCGUUCUGGCAGGAACCUGAAGCACGACUCUGUUGCUGCCCGUCUCAAACUCGUGCCCAAGACUCGACGGUCCAUCGCUGCCGCUAUGUCCAUGCCCAAGUCGACCCUGCAAGACUACUAUCGGCGAGGAAUUUUCGUGAAAUACUCUAGUACGGUCAAGCCGACACUGACGGAUUCCAACAAGGCCGUUCGACUCAAGUGGGCAGCCGACACUGACGGAUUCCAACAAGGCCGUUCGACUCAAGUGGGCAAUUGA